AUAUUAGUCACUGUGCGGGAAAGCUUUGCAGGCAGCUUGCUGGCAAAAGGAAAGGCUGAACCGCUGGUUUCCAGGCUGCUGGAGGGAAUGCACCUUGGGAUCCCUUCUGCAAAGGAUUUGCAAAUGCCUGGGGCAUUUACUGGCAGGCUGUACAGACUUGUAGAGAGUUAAAUUCACCCCAUAGAUGUGACAGCAGCAACUCCAAAAGAUGCCCAGCUGAAGAAGAGCCUGAGUUUGGAGAGGAUGAAGACCACCAGUUAUUGGGUGUGAACUACAAAGCCCUCUGUCCUGAUGCUUACAAUACGGAAAACAUGACAGCGUGUCAGAAUGGCUGUGGAACUGGCACCUCUGUCACCUGUAUAGUCAUGGAUAACAAAGAAUCACAGAACAACACUACCUCAUUAUUGUACAAUGGGGGAUGCAACACUAGUAGCAGCUAUGAAGAUGAAGGCCAGGACAAUAAAGUCAGCCCUUCCAAAAUAAUGCGGAUUUUUUCCACUCCUCAGAAAAGGUCUGGCUCCAAUGUAGAAAGGCCACGUUCCCUGAUAGUUAUGGGGAACCCUUCAACAUGGAAUGCUUUGUCUUCUAUUAGAAAAAUGGGAUCUUUCAAGAAGUUAAAGUCUUCUGUACUGCAAGGAAUCCAAGCCAAGGAAGACUCUGACAACUUAAAUGAUACCACAUUGGAUAAUAUUAUCAGAAAGCGUGUCCCAAACGGUGCAGUGAUGAGAGUACAGACAAACAGGUAUUCCUACUCAGGACCCGUACAUGAAGCACACAAAACUGUAGAUGGUAGUUUGGCUUCUGAUAACUCUGAUGGAGAGGAAAGUGAUGACUCCUUUUUGAGGAACACUUGCCGAUCACGCAGCAUCAGGCGUGCCUAUGGCAUUGGCCGCAUAAACUUGCUAGACAUUGAUAAAAUUCAAGAUCAUCAAAACAGUAGCAGAAUGGUAUCCCCCAUCAUCCAGGAGUCCCAGAUUUGUGAAAUUGUGGUGAAAGAUUCUGAAAGCAACGAAGUUGUCUACAGGCGGAGCAAGAGCACAGACAACUUGAACUUUCUGAAAAAGAGCUCAUUCAAACGGAAGUCCACCUCAAACCUCACCGACCUCAAAGUUGCAAACGAAAAGCAAACUCCACAGAGAACAAGCACUUCUUCAGCCGACUCUGAUAAAACCAACAGGAACUCAGAGCGGAGAUCAAAACGCUGGAAGAGCCCAAUUAGAGCGAAGGAUUUUGACAGAGUUUUGAAACUUGUCAGCAAUGUUGCUGACGUUGCCUUGAAGAAAGACAGUCCUAAGAGCGAAACACUAUCAUCCACUGAGCAGAACCAGAGGACAAGAUCAAACAGCAGGCUGCACGAUGAUUACUCACGUCGGGUGUCUAGCAGCAAUGAAAACGACAGGCGGAGGUGUCACCCUCCCAAAUGUAGCCCAGAUUCUAACUUUUCUGGAGCUGGUCUCCAAAGACACUCUGAGGAUGACCAUGUUGGGACUGACGCAUUGACCUGCAAUACCAGUAGUCACGGAGUAUCAUCCUCUGACACCCCGGAUUCAACAUGUUCGUCACCUCCCUUCAAGGACAUCGGCUCAAUUCCUAAUGAAGUGUUUUACGAAGACUCGGAUGAACCAAAAAGUUCCAGCCAGUUUACAUGCAGCACUGAGCAUCCCAACGCCCCUGCCAGACCUGCAGUCCCUAAGCCUCAGAGCCCUAGUGCUGAAAAGGUUAAGUGCAAUAUUAAUUUCCAUUGUUCUGAUCAGUGCAGCACCUUGUCGCUCAGCUCAAUGGAAAGCGAGGAAAGAGGGGAGGGGCCUUCUGCCAAGCUGGGGAAGAGCCCUGUUUGUUUCCAGGACUUGGUGCAUGCUGCCUAUUACGACGAAGCAAAUGAAGACAGUGGCAUCAGCAGCCACUCUCAACUGAGCCUCAAUUUAGCUCUGAAUGCUGAUGAAAAGAAGGAAGAGGUUGUUACUGAUGAACACUGGAAGAGGUCUUCUUCCCAAGAUGAAGAGAAGACAGAUGCUCAAAAGGUUACAACCAGGAGGUGGGGCUCUGGAAAAAGAUCUCGACCUCGGCCCCUCUCAGAUUAUGGCCAGUUUGCCAUUAGGAGUUUCUCAAUACCAGAAGAUUCUGUUGCUAUGGUGUCUCAGAUGGUGGAAUGUGCAGAUGACAACAAUGAGCCUGGAUUGCCUUCUGUUGAAUCUGGAACCAGUACAGUAGCCAACCAAAGAGAGCGCAAAAGAAGACCCAUUUCUGUCAUUGGUGGGGUCAGUUUCUAUGGAAACAACCAAUCAGAAGAAAUAGCAGAUCUUCUCACACAACCAGCUGCACGGCCUCCAGUACCAGCCCAUCAGGUCCCUCCUUACAAAGCUGUCUCAGCCAGGUUCCGUCCCUUCACCUUUUCUCAGAGCACACCCAUUGGUCUGGACAAAGUUGGAUGCAGGCGGCAAAUGAGAGCAUCCAAUGGCACUGCAGAUGGUGGAACUGAAUCUUCUGUCUUAGUGGAUGAUAAUGGUAGCGAGGAAGAUUACAGCUACGAGGAGCUCUGCCGAGCCAGCCCCAGAUACUUGCAGCCUGGGGGGGAACAGUUAGCCAUUAAUGAGCUGAUCAGUGAUGGGAGUAUGGUCUAUGCGGAAGCACUCUGGGAUCAUGUGACCAUGGACGAUCAGGAGCUAGCCUUCAAAGCUGGGGAUGUCAUCCAGGUCCUUGAGGCUUCCAACAAGGAUUGGUGGUGGGGAAGAAGUGAAGACAAGGAAGCCUGGUUUCCGGCAAGCUUUGUCAGGCUGCGAGUCAAUCAGGAAGAACUUGCUGAAAACUGUAGUAGCUUUCAGGAUGAGGAGCCAAAUGCAGAACCUGGGAAGCAGCGUCAAAAAAUGGCCGAAAACAUGGAUCAGAUGAGAACAAAUGUUAUUCAGGAAAUAAUGAAUACGGAACGGAUCUAUAUCAAACACCUCAAAGACAUCUGUGAGGGGUACAUUAGACAGUGUCGCAAACACACAGGAAUGUUCACUGCAGCCCAACUCAUCACCAUUUUUGGAAACAUUGAAGAUAUUUACAAAUUCCAAAGGAAGUUCCUGAAAGAUCUAGAAAAGCAGUACAAUAAAGAAGAACCCCACCUGAGUGAAAUAGGAUCCUGCUUUCUUCAGCAUCAAGAUGGCUUUGCUAUCUAUUCAGAAUACUGCAACAAUCAUCCUGGUGCCUGCAUUGAGCUAUCCAAUCUGAUGAAACAGAGCAAAUACCGCCACUUCUUUGAGGCUUGCCGCCUGCUUCAGCAAAUGAUUGAUAUUGCUAUUGAUGGUUUUCUUCUCACACCUGUGCAGAAAAUCUGUAAAUACCCUUUACAGCUUGCAGAAUUACUUAAAUACACCACACAGGAGCACAGUGACUACAACAAUGUAAAGGCAGCCUAUGAGGCCAUGAAGAAUGUAGCCUGCUUGAUCAAUGAGCGCAAACGAAGGCUUGAAAGCAUAGACAAGAUUGCACGCUGGCAAGUAUCCAUAGUCAGCUGGGAGGGGCAAGAUAUUUUAGGACGAAGCUCGGAAUUAAUCCAUUCAGGAGAAUUGACCAAAAUCUCCAAGCAAGGCAAGAGCCAGCAGAGGACUUUCUUUCUCUUUGAUCAUCAACUUGUGUUUUGCAAGAAAGAUCUGUUGAGAAGGGACAUGCUGUACUACAAGGGUCGGAUUGACAUGGAUGAGGUAGAAGUGCUGGAUGUAGAGGAUGGCAGAGACAAGGACUUCAAUGUCAAUAUCAAAAAUGCUUUCAAAAUUGUGAACAGAGCCACAGAAGAAGUUCAUCUAUUUUGUGGGAAAAAGCUAGGGGAUAAGAAAAGGUGGCUGGAAGCAUGUGCGAACGAGAGGAGACGAGUGCAGGAAGACAAAGAAAUGGGCAUGGAGAUUUCAGAAAACCAAAAGAAACAAGCCAUGCAGAAUGCACGGAAAUCAAGACAUGGAAAGAUUAAAGGUGUUAGCUACAGCGGGUGCUCAGUGCCACCACCUCACCAGAGUUUACAUCCUAUCCAUCAGCGUCAUAUCACAGUGCCCACUAGCAUUCCACAGCAGCAGGUCUUUGCCCUGGCAGAACCCAAGCGGAAGCCAUCGCUUUUCUGGCAUACUUUUAACAAACUGACACCGUUCAAGAAAUGAAUGGCCGAAAGUCGUUGGACUGGAAGGAAAAAUGCUGAAAGAGAGCGAGUUGGCAGCAUGGAAUUCAUUGGGACACAAUGGAGCUGGGAAAUUGUGGCUCCUGUUCCAGAGGAGAGGAUGUUUGGCUCCUCCUAACCUUCCUCUGUAACUUUUGUUGAGAAGGAUGGAGUCUGUACAGUUAAGUGAAGGAGGCUGUGGUGUGUUCUGAAGCAAAUAUUGACUUGCGUCAAUAAACAUUGCUGAUGAAGAGCCAGCCGCUUGGUCACAAGGGCCAAUUGCUGCUAUUCUAGUACAGUGGCAUAUUGUUUAUGCUGUACUUUUGUACCAAAGGAAUGGUUAAAAUCUCUAAGUUGUUUUGCCUGUCUUAAUAAUUAAUUGAUGGCCAAAUUUAGAAAUAGGACGGAAAGCAUUGUUCCCUGUCGCAGCACAUUGCAGAGAAAGGUUUUGUCGUCUUCAUGGGCAUCGAACGAGCACACAGAUCUCACCUGAUGACCAAAUAGCUUCUGCUGCAAGAAGUGAUGAACCUCAUUCCUUCCUUAGUCCACUGCCUGGUUCUGCUAAUUUUGCCAAAUGGCAAUAGGACUUCCUGCAAAGCCUUAACAUCUUCCUGGCAAAAAGACUGAAGACAAUUUUAAUGUGGUAACAUAAAACUGUAAAACACACAUUUUUUAACAUGCUGUUGCAAAUAAUGAAGGAAGGAAACAUCUGAUGCAUCUUGGAGAUGAUUCUUACCAAAAGCGGUACUUUGCUGUAAACAUGGUAUGCACUUCGAAGAAAAAUUAUUUCAUUUUAUUUUGGUACUUGCAACUGUUGGCCCAUGAGAACUGCCUCUGUGGUUUCUGGUAUGCCUGCAUUUAUAAUAUGAAAGCAAAUGUUCUGUGUUUUUUAAUUACACUAAUGUGAUUUGUACAAAGAUUAACACAAAGUUAACGCCAAUCAGAGACUACUAACACAGGUUUUCUUCCCUAAGUUCCAUACAUAUACAUGUUCCAGCUAGCUCAUGUUAUUCUUAUUUAAGGCCUCCAGGAGGUUCUUGAGCUAGUAUGAGGUCAUGCUUGUACGCACCAUCCAAGCAAGAUGGUUAUUUUGGGGGGGGGGGCGGGCUUUGUAAUGUCAAGAGGAUCCUGCGCCAGGGAUGAGAUGGUGGCAUUAGAAAUAAAGGUGGAUCAAAAGAGACUUUGAAAA